GGGAGACACAUUUACAUAAAACACACCCAGAAAACACACACAAAAUACAGAAGAUUUAAAUUAUUGUAUAUUAUCUAUAAGAACUCAAUUUGUUUUUCUGCCAUGGACGAACAGUCGGAUUCUAAAGGCUCUCACCGGCCAGCAUCCCGUCGAAGAUUAUGUCCAUCCAAGCCAAAGAAGCGGAGGUCCUGCGGCUCAAAGGGAUCUACCACUUCGCACGCGGCUAGCUCGACGAUCCGGAAGACAUACCCUCUGCGGGCAUAUGCCAGCUAUACGAUCCGGAAUAAGUAUCCGGGGCCCCUGCAGACCUACGACGGGCAGGCCCGCGGCGAGAAGCGUCUCAUCAACUUCUCGGAUCUGACCGAAAGCUACCUUUCCCUGGUGUUCAAGGAGGUCGAAGAGGAAGAGGCGAAAGAGAAGGGAAAAAGGCUGUUGGAGGAGAAAAAGUCAAGUGGCUUGGUGAAGGAGAAGGAGAGCAAGUGCCGGGGGCAAAGUCCGGAGAAGAAGGAGGGAUCUUCUGCAGAGAAGAAAAGUUCCAAACAGUGCCUGGAAAAGAAGAAGGAAAGCUGUCCAGAAAAGAAGAAGGAAAGUUGCGUAGAAAAGAAGGAAAGCUGUCCAGAAAAGAAUAAGGAAAUCUACGUGGACCCGAAGAAAAGGUGUCCAGAAAAGAAGGAGAUCUGCACGGAAAAGAAGGAGAGCUGGUGGAGUAAGUUUUUCUGGUGUGUGAAGAAAAAGAAGAGCUGUGGAGGGGGGCAGGCCCGGUCCCGCAGUGCACAGGAGAUGGUCAGGCAAGAAAUUUGCGCCAAGAAGUACUACGAGAUGGGGCUGCGUAGGAGCCGCAAGGAUGGGGCGCCUUGGCAGUCACUCAAGCACGAACAGAAGCUGCCCUUCUACUGGACAGCGCUCACCGGAGAGAGGCUGCGGGCCACGGCGUACUCCAACUUCCAGCAGAGCUUCAUGCGGCGCUUUCGGCGAGAGCAGCCGCGGGCCUCCCUCAGGCGGGUGCGCUUCGAAACGCGCUCCGAGUGGUAUGCCCUGGACCGGUGCCAGCGACUGCCUUUCGUCGUGCUGGCCAUGCUCUACCACGUGAGCACCGGAGCCGUGGAUCUCCUGGAUCAGUGCGCUGUCCGGGCGAAGUUCACAAAGCUGAGGGGCAGGAAUUAGCACGAGAAAAUAAUCUUGUACGAGAAACAGAUGUUGCCGCAGUCUAUUUUUGGGCCAAGAGUUUCCAAAUCUGCGACUCUUUCCAGCUGCCGGUGGCAGCAGCU